AAACUAAUGUUUUUUUAUCCCGACUUUCCUUUCGACGUUAAUUCCAGUUGUGAAAAGUAAGUUAAUGGCUGAACGUUAACAAUUGACUAAAGUAUUAUUUUUUGCUUCUGUUGUUUCUUCAAAGUUAUGCCUAUCUUGUUGGGAAACUCAGUACAAAGUUUUUUUGUUUAUCGUUGAGUGUUUCACUGGACAUCGAGAGAGAGAAAAAGUUAUCAAAAAUAAAUUGUUCUAUUCACAGUUGAUUCAAACUUUUUGUUUUUGUUUUUACCCAUUUUUGACACAAGGAUUUACAUAGAGCAACACAAUGCAGGACGAUAUAACCACUUACAUCCAAAAUAACCACCAUCAUCACCUCCAUCCUCACCACCUCUACACAACCUCAAGUCCAAACGGUGAUCAUCUACUGAAUGCUGCUCAUCAAUCACCAACCCUUUCAAUGCACCAUCUUCCACCGCCACCUCCAGGAUCACUUGGUGCUCAGGGUCAGUGUCAACCAGGACAACAGUUAGCAGCCCAUCAGCCGCCACAACACACCAUUUUAACAACUGCCAAUACCAAUCAAGAUGUAAACCAUCAAACCAACAAUGGGGCUGAAAAUAAAAAGAAACAUAAUCGAGGAGAUCCCAAUGGCGACUAUUAUUAUUCAUCUGAAGCAGAACCUGAGAGUUCAACCAAAAACCUUAAAGGUCAUGGUGGGGUUAAUCAAUUGGGCGGAAUAUUUGUCAAUGGACGACCUUUACCUGACAUGGUUAGACAGCGAAUCGUUGAAUUGGCCCAUCAAGGGGUCAGACCUUGUGAUAUAAGUCGACAACUUCGAGUAUCACAUGGAUGUGUAUCGAAAAUUUUGGGAAGAUAUUAUGAAACUGGUUCCAUUAAGCCUGGUGUUAUUGGUGGAUCAAAGCCGAAAGUAGCAACACCGAAAGUGGUUGAUGCAAUUGCAAAUUACAAGAAACAAAAUCCAACAAUGUUUGCCUGGGAAAUACGAGAUCGUCUAUUGGCUGAUGGUAUCUGUGAUUCUGAUAAUAUACCUUCAGUUUCAUCUAUAAAUAGAAUUGUCCGUAAUAAGGCGGCCGAAAAGGCGAAACAUUGUAUCAACAAUCAUAAUUCCAAUAGCAAUCAAACAACCAAUUCAGCGAUUUCACCCAACUCUCAGCAACCCAACAAUGCAACCUCUGUAAUAGUUAAUGCUGCUCAACAAUCAUCCCAAUCAACACCAACCUCAGCAACUUAUUCAAUUAACGGUAUUCUGGGCAUUGAAGAGCAACAAAGACAUCAAAAAAGGAAAAAUCCUUCACCAAAUGAGAAUCAUAUUGAAGAUUUCAAGAGUGAGUCAUUUAAAACGGAAUCAUCAGCUUCAUCGAAUAAUAAUGUCAAUAAUCGAACAAAUUCACCAUCGAUACAAAACGGAGAUGAAAAUGAAUAUAAAGUAUCAAGUAAAAGACCUCGACUUCCAAAUAAUAAUAAUCAGCAAUACAAUAGUCUUAAUGGUAGCAAUGAUCUCUAUAACAUUUGGAGCACUGGAGCCAAUCCAGGCACAGGUUAUGGCCUAGUAAAUGAAAAUGGUGACCCUUCAGGUCAAAGUCAUCCUCAUCAACAGCCUCAACAGCAACAUUAUGAAACAACAACCUUAUACACUCCACCAACCUCUGCAUCUUCAUUGGUUGAAUUAACGGGCGGCAGUUUGAGUCCAGGAAAGACUUCAAUCAUCGGUUCCACUGCCUCUGAAUUUACUUUAUUACAACCAGCAUCGGCCCAGCACUAUUACCUAGCAAAUGCAAAUGCAAAUAAUUCCAGUACAAGUGUUUCAAAUGCAACAACAACAACCAUUUCAUAUCAAGGUUCAGCCUCAGUGACACCACCAAAUGCAACUCCGGCGACUCCAAGCGAGUAUUAUGCAGCAUAUCAUCAAGCAGCUUAUGCUUACCCAAAUUAUACUUAUGGCAAUCCACCUACAACAGUCCAACCUCCAGCUCAGAAUAAUGCUCAUAUUCCCAUAAAGAUUUCCUGGCAAUGAACGAAGCAAACCGAUUAAAAAACUCAAAACAAAACAUUAACACGAUUCAACAUCUCUUGGACUCAUCACAAGAGCACUCACAACCUGAACCAUUAGUCUUUUGGCAUCAUCAUCCCUACCAUCAUCAUCCCUACCAUCAUCAUCACCACCUUGUCUCAAGGUUCAACAAUAAUAUUAUUACAUUAUUAUUACUUAUUGAUUAUAUUAUUAUUAUUAUUAUCAUUAUUAUUAUUUCGAUUAAUCCUUUUUAUCCUUUUCUUAAUUUUUAAUUCUCACUCAAACCCAAUUGAUCAACUGGAUAAAUAUAUUGAAAGUAAAUCUAAUUGAUAUCAGAAGGCGUUAAACCAAAACUCACAAAAUCACCAAAAAAUUUAUAUUAAUCAUCCUUCAUCUCUCACCCUUCAUCAAACACCUUUUUUUGUAUUCAUUUGUUUUUUGUUUGCUUGUUCAUCUUGCACACCAAAGCUGUUUGUAAAUCAAAAAGGUAAACAGGAGAAUGAAGAAAAUCUGAAAUUUGAUAAACAAAAUUAGUAUUAUUAAUGAAAUUAUUAGAAACAAAUUGUUGGCAAAUAUUUUCUUCAAACUCAUUUACCUUCUUGACACACCUUGACCCUUAGCACGCUUCCAAAAUCAUCUUCACUUGCAAAGUUCAUUUUGUAUUUUUUCUUCUUCUUCCCUCCUUUUAUACAAUGUCCAACCCUUUUCAUUAAUCUGUUAAUCAUCUUCAUCACCAUUAGAAUCAAAAACAAUGGAAAUUGAUAG